AUGCCGAGACAACGUAGAACACAACCCAUUCAAGACCUAGCAAACUCUUCUACAGAAGAUGGACAAACGAAUGCGGAACCACAACGACGCACAAGAACUAAAUGGACCGUGGACAUGAACACUGCCCUAAUUGACGCUAGAAAAGAGGCCGAAACCCUACACCAAUCGCCACAAUGCCCAAGAAAAGACAACGGACAAAAAAUAGGGAUCCAGGAUUUAACCAAGAAGAUCUGGGAUGAAAAAGGAUAUGCUUCCUUUAAGAAAACAUCGAAUAACCUCGGAGACCAGUACAGAAAAUUAAUUCAAAAAUCAACCGCAAAUACACAGAAUGUAACAAAAGAACUAAAUGAACAACGCUCCAGUGAACCCGAACUACAACAUCAGCAAGAUAAACAAUCACAAGAACCUAUUGAAGAAAGAACAAAAGAGCCAGGAAUAGAYGAGGAAAAUACAACAGAGUCAACUACCAUAYCAGAAAAAUAUUCCAGCCUAAUUGAAUAUUCRCAAAAGAUCUUCCACGAAACAMAAGCGCUWAARCUUGAAGACAGACAACAAGUCACSUUCACAAAGAAGUGCCCGAACARAACCGAAACUAACAUCCUUAACGAAAUCAGCAGAGCGCUCAUAACAACAAACCCAGCAACGGAGCCAAGUGAGUACUUGUGGGAAGUAAACUGUGCAAUAUACGCAACUGCUAUCGCGUGGAAAAAAUUUACCGGAGAAAAGCUUGUACAAGAGAAGAAAGACACAAAGAAAGAAAGAAUACCAAAAUGGCAGAUAGAAAUAGAAUCAAAGAUUAAACAACUCAGAAAAGAAUGCUCACAGAUAACGGAAGAAAUGCGUAGACUUUCAAAGAACAGUAAAUUAACUAGGAAAAUGARGGAAAACAGAAAAUGGAUGAUAAAGGAAAUCCCUACUAAAGUAACAAAGGACUCGUUAUUACAACUCAAGGAGUCAAAGAUCCAAAACCUAAGAAUACUCAAACAACAAAGAGAAAAGAAACUGAAAGGAGAAAAACGGAAAAAGGCUAACAUAUGGUUUGACAGAAAUGAGUCAAAGUUCUACGACCACUGUAAAAGAGUUAUUACAGCCGACGCUCAAAACACACACCCUGAAUACAUAGAGCCAAGUAACCUAGCACAGGAAAUUAAUCCAAACACCACCAAGAGAGUAGACUUCGAACAUUUUUGGAGACCUAUCUGGGAGAAUGAAAAGGAAAUCAACGCCGAUUCAGCNCUAACAAUUCCUUUAAAGAAUCUGCAAGUUUUCGGGGAUUUCAUCCUCCAAUGCGGACACUCUUCAAGAUUGGCUAUUGAGAUUACAGUCCAGCCGUACAGCUUGCAAGAGAGUUAUCGCGUUUGCACGGGAAAAGAAGACCAAGAGAAAGAUGCCAGUCAGGAUGUUAUUAGGAAAGUCCAAAAUCUAAUUUCUGCGAUUGAAAUCCUCCUUGGCCAAGUUGAAAAGAGAGUUCUUUCUUUGGAUUCUACGUAUUAUUCUACGACGAUAUUUCCCGAGAGUUUGACUGCUCAUAGUGGCGUAGUCGGUCGACCAAGACGAGUUGUGAACCUUACACAAAUUGAGUAUUUGCGCUCUUGGAGGUUUACAUGGACAAGAAUUUGCCACACACUUUGUGUUUCAAGAACAACACUUUGGCGGAGACUAAAGGAAGUGAAUUACAAUUUUUCAGAGUCUCGGUUUACUGCUAUAUCUGAUUCAGAACUAGAACAUGAAGUGGCAAAUAUUAAAUCGGCAUCUGCUAACUAUGGAGAGCGUAUGGUCAUGGGGAUGCUACGCUCAAAACAAAUCUUUGUAGYGAGACAUCGCGUUAGAGAUAUUAUACGCAAGAUCGACCCAAUCAAUACUUMAAUGCGCUGGAAUGCAAUGCAUCCCCGUUAUCACUACAGCGUCCCUGGUCCUAAUGCGUUAUGGCACAUUGACGGUCUGCACAAGCUUAUAAAAUGGGGCUUUGUAGUUCAUGGAGGUAUCGAUGGCUAUUCCCGGCUUGUUGUGUUUCUGAAGUGUGCUACUAACAACAGAGCCGAGACGGUACUAGCGAGUUUUUUGGAAAGUAAGGAUAAAUAUGGGGUCCCAUCACGUAUACGCACCGACUACGGUGGAGAAAAUGCCGAAAUCGGAAAAUACAUGGAAUCAGUAAGGGGGCCUGGGAGAGGGUCACACAUCGCUGGUUCUUCCGUUUAUAACCAACGCAUAGAACGGUUACAUCGAGAUACCACACGCUGCUGUUUAUCCACAUUUUAUUCCAUAUUCUCCGACAUGGAAGAAGAAGGCAUUUUGGAUCGYGAUAACGAUACAGACAGGUUUUGCUUACAUUUUGUUUAUUUACCACGCAUAAAUAGAGCACUAGAAGAAUUUCGGUUGGGUUGGAAUCAUCAUGCCCUUAGUACAGAGAAGAACCAGACCCCAUAUCAACGUUGGAUUUCUGGAGUUGUCUCUGGAGGAUUCUCAGGCUAUACAGCAGUACAAGACAUUAAAUCCGGAUUUGUCGAACUAUGGGGUCUACUUUGAAGACGAACUGAUUGAUGUUGAUGUCAACAACGAGACAGUAAUAGUGGAAGAGCCAUUGAAUCCACUGAACGAGGAACAAAUGUCAUCUCUAUUCCAGGCAGUUGAUCCGCUCUCAAACAGUAUGGACUUUGGUGUAGAUAUUUAUAGGAAAACUGUUGAAUUAGUGGCAGACUUUCUAAUAAGGUCAUAAGGUUAUAGAAGAUGUCACAUUACGCUUAAAAAAAUAAACAUAUAAAAUAGAAAGAACAAUGCAAGUAARGAUUUAAGUUCAAACCCUAAUAAUAGUAGCCAGUAAUAUAGAAUGAUAAUAUAGGAUAAUAGAACAUAAUAUAUUAUUAUACCGUAAAGCCAUUAAGAAGACAUUGAGUAUUGAAAGUAAAAUAGCAUUCAGUUAGUCACGAACCUCGGGUCCCAUAAAUGAAAUGAUAUUGUCAUUCAGGUCGUUGAUUUUAGCAUUGAGUUUGGCGGUUUACUCAACCGAUUCAAUUGAUCGAUUACGUUUUUCCACAUAGCAAUAGAACGGUUAUUUACGAAGGAAAUUCAAAGGAAAAAGCUUUAAAUCAAUGCGAUUUCAGAAAGUCACGCAAGAUAGGUUUGUGUCCUAUUAAAAGGUUUUCGUCGUAUCAAAAAGGGUUUUUACACGUGCCCUGCUAUGCAGGGAACGUGUAGUAAA